CUUGUCCAAUUUGCCCAAUGUGUCUCUAGCGCCCCUGACGUACCUACAGAAUACAGCAGCAGACAGCCUGUAGCACACGCACACAGAUCCUCGCUCGCUGCUGCAAGAGCUGAGCUGCAAACUAAAAACGCUCACUACAAUAAUUUCCUCCAACAUUCACCCGUCUCUUUCCCAUUCGACUUUAUCAAGAUCCGCCCCUCGACGAGCUUGCAGCAUCGAACCCUCCUCCACAACUGGGUUAUCCGACGUUUGAUUGGAUUACAGCGGGUUAGCCUUUGCCCUCUCACCCCCGUUGCUGAAUUUUGGCUAGCUGCUUCCUGCUCCCCCAGGAGGACCGUGAACCGAGCGGCGAAGCGCCCUGCGCGAAUACGACAGACCGGGACGAGUCGCCGUUCCCCCACUACUACCAUUACCACUACCAGAAGCAGCGAGCCACCGAACACUCGGCAGGCGGACGAGGCGAGACGAGAAGACAGCCAUGCGUAGGAAAUCGAGGAUAUUGUUAUGUUUUGCGGUGCUGUGGGUGCUGGGGAUCGCCUACUACUUCUACUCGGGGACGGCGUUGGGGCGAAAGGAUGACUGGGACUCGAGCGACGCGUCCCGCCGACACAGAGCUCAUAACACUGAUGACAAGACUCAGGAAGUUUUGCCGCCUGGUAAAGUCCGCUGGCAGGACUUCGACCAAGAUCUGUAUGUUGGAGCUACAGUGGUCCGACCAGGUCAGGACCCAUAUGCCAGAAACAAGUUCAACCAGGUGGAGAGCGAUAAGCUCCGUAUGGACAGAGCUGUACCGGAUACUAGACAUGACCAUUGCAGACAUAAGCAGUGGAAGUCAGACCUGCCAGCUUCGAGUGUGGUCAUCACCUUCCACAAUGAAGCCCGCUCCGCUCUGCUGCGCACCGUUGUCAGCGUCUUGAAGAAAAGUCCCACUCACUUGGUGAAAGAGAUCAUCUUGGUCGAUGACUACAGUGAUAAUCCGGAGGAUGGAGCGCUGCUGGGCAAGAUUGAGAAAGUUCGCGUGCUGAGAAACGACCGCAGAGAAGGACUGAUGCGCUCGAGGGUUCGUGGUGCAGAUGCUGCCACGGCGCCAGUUCUCACCUUCCUGGACUCUCAUUGUGAAUGUAACGACCACUGGCUUGAGCCGCUCCUGGAGAGAGUAGCUGAGGAUAAGACCAGGGUGGUUUCUCCCAUAAUUGAUGUCAUCAACAUGGACAACUUCCAGUAUGUGGGAGCGUCGGCUGAUCUCAAAGGAGGUUUCGACUGGAAUUUAGUGUUUAAAUGGGAUUACAUGACUCUGGACCAGAGACGAGCAAGACAAGGCAAUCCUAUCGCCCCCAUAAAGACUCCCAUGAUAGCAGGAGGUCUGUUUGUCAUGGAUAAGGAAUACUUUGAGCUUUUGGGGAAAUAUGACAUGAUGAUGGAUGUCUGGGGAGGAGAAAAUCUGGAGAUCUCAUUUCGUGUGUGGCAGUGCGGCGGAAGUCUGGAAAUCAUCCCAUGCAGCCGGGUUGGACACGUUUUCAGGAAGCAACACCCCUAUACCUUCCCUGGCGGAAGCGGCACUGUCUUUGCAAGGAACACCAGGAGAGCUGCUGAAGUAUGGAUGGACGAGUUCAAAAACUUCUACUACGCCGCCGUUCCCUCGGCAAGAAAUGUGCCGUAUGGGAACAUCCAGAGUCGUUUGGAUAUGAAGAAGCGUUUAGCCUGUAAGCCCUUUAAAUGGUACCUGGAGAAUGUCUACCCUGAGCUGCGUGUCCCAGACCACCAGGACAUCGCCUUCGGAGCCUUGCAGCAGGGAGGGAACUGCCUCGACACACUCGGACAUUUUGCUGACGGCGUGGUGGGCGUUUACGAGUGCCACAAUGCUGGCGGAAACCAGGUAGCGUUACCACGGCAACACACGCAGGAAUGGGCUCUGACUAAGGACAAGUCAGUCAAGCACAUGGACUUGUGUCUGACAGUGGUGGACAGAACAGCCGGCUCCCUCAUCAAACUGCAGGGCUGUCGAGACAAUGACAGCAGACAGAAAUGGGAGCAGAUUGAGUCCAACUCGAAGCUUCGUCACAUGGGCAGUAACUUGUGUCUUGACAGCCGCAGUGCCCGCAUGGGUGGGCUUACUGUGGAGGUGUGCAGCCCCAACCUGAGCCAGCAGUGGAAGUUCACCCUGAAUUUACAGUCCUAGGGGGACAAACACUGCCACUAGACAUCAUCAUCCUCUGCUAAGAGCAUGACACACCAACUGACUUUAAGAACUUGUAGAAGAUGUCGACUGGAGGGGAAAGACAAACAUGAUGGAUGAAUGGCUCCAUCUUGCUCCUCCCACGGGGUCUGAGAUCAUUUCUACACCACCACUCCCUCCUUCAACAUACAGACCGGCUGAGAGCCUUGUAGACCUCAAACAGGAAACUGACCAUAUUUUGUGGGAGGACCGGUGCCGGUUGACGCUGAUGAUGAUGAUGAUGAUGAGGGGGAUAAAAGCGAUGAAGGCUUUCCAUCCAACUACUACAUACCUCAGUGUUUUUGUCAUUGAUGGUUCAGGAGGCAGAAUAACAUGAAUUCUCCAAAUCGAUUGUUUUCUUCAGUGCUGGUGGAAAUGAACUCUUUUGUGUUUUUAUUUUGUGAUUAUUUUCUUUUUAAUGUUUUAAUUACUGUUAAUUUGUGGAGGCUUCUAGGAGCUUUUUUUUUUUUUUUUUUUUUUUUUUUAAACAAAAACAAGGUUUUCCGAACCUAGCCACAAUUGGAGGAAAACGUUUUUUUUUUUCUUUUUGUCCUUAUGUUGAAUCGCAUCGGUUUACAGGAUCAGCAGCGAUGAGGUGGAUAAAAAAAAUAUUUUCUACUAAUCUUCAGCCCUACAGUCCCCCCCCCCCCCCCCUUUCCAACAAAAGUUGAGGAGGAAAUUCCCCACAAUACACAGCGAAGCUCCUAAGGAAUUCUUGGAGAACAUGGAGUCGGGGAGUUCUGCUCUCUCCUCAGGCUGUAGCACUGGCUGCUGCACUUUAGCAUCCUUCUUUUUGUCUUUAAAGCAACAACACAGCACGAAGCUCUUAGAAGCUUAUUUUUUUGUUUACUCUUCCUCUCUUAGGCAAAUUGAAAAAAAAACUGCAAGGACAAUGAACUCUAGAGGACUGAUGUCUUUUCUUUACUCUUGCUGCUCUUCGGCUACUCCCUCAGGAGUGCCUCCGUUUUAUACAAUUUCUGUUUGCAUUGUGAUUUUAUGUUGCUCAGCACAUCAGACUGAAUUUGUGUUGUUUACUGUUACGGCAGUUUCUCUCUAGAGGUAACGGGAAUAAAUAGUGGAGCUUUUAUUAUCACCCCCAACUCCUAUUAGUUUCUCUAUGGUAGGUCUGACCUGAAGCACCACACUUGGUAAGAUGUUUGUCCACUUGAUUUAUUGUAUCCCACAGGGGGAACUCAACCACAUCCGCAGCUGCAUAGAUGUUAAGUGAAAGGAGCACAGGUUAUAUUCUUACGUGGAUCGUGUUCAAAUUGUGCAUGUUUGUAGCUGUACAGUGACUCAACAUGGGACAAACUGUUUUUGGUGAAGUGAUGACAGAUCAGAUGCAGUGUCAUUUAAAAUAAUUAAUAGUUUUGCCAAACAAUUAUGGUCCAUACAGUUUUAUUGCUGUCCGAUGACAUCGCAAAGCGUUUAAUUAACGAACCACCAACAACUGAAGCACCAAAGGCAAAUGCACCACAAUGUACUGUAUGUUGUUUGUUUUCAAAUGUUAGCGUAGAUUUGUAAAGCGCGUUUCCGAACAUGAUGGCCAUUUGUUUUUCUUUCAGCUUGUAGCAAUGUGUAACAAUUUUCCACAAAGCACAUUAUGUCAUCAAUGUAUUUAGAUUUUACAUUGAAAUCGUGUAUUGUCAAAGAUGCCGUUUGCUUCAACAAUAAUUAUGGCUCGACAGUAGUCUGAGCCGCCACUUUACCUUUUUUUUUUUUGUUUUUUGAAAGACAAAGAACAAUACAUUAAGGACAGUCAUGAUUUGUGCUCACAUUUUCUGUAUUUACAGGUUGUGUUUAAACAACAAUGAUAAAGUGUUUUUUAAUUCUAAACUCCCUCUUUAAUUUUUAAUUCGCCCUCCUGAUUUUGCCACAUCCGAUUUACUUCUCCAGAAAAUACUGAAUGUCAGUCUUUCAAUCUCAUUUUGCGACUCCGGUACAAAGUGAAACGAGGAGGUGCGGUCUAUUGUGAAGGACAGUUGCGGUGGUGAUGGUGAUGGAGUACUCAUUGAAUAACAAAUGGUUUUGUUGAAUAGCUCGCCACUGAACGGUGCAUGCAGGAGAACAUGAUUUUUACAUGACGUCCAAAUGAGUGAAGUGGAUUCACAAUGUUGUCCUCGGACAGCAAUGCUAGUGUGUCAUAAAAGAUUACCGGUUCAAUUUCUCCAGAAUUCUCUCCACAUCUCACAUAGUUUUUUUUUUUUUUUUUCUUACCAAGUGUUGUCCUUAAUGGGCCAAUUUUGUUCUGUCUUUCCCUUUGUCUUAAACUUCAGUUGAGGUGACCAUGUUGACACUGCAGCUGCUUACAGGGCCAAUCCUGACACUUGAUCAGCUUCCUGUGCUGGGCUGCCAGCACCCGUGGCCCACGGGUAUCUGCUCCGUGGGUGCCGGGGCAGAUACAGAGCUUGGUUGUGAGGAGGGCCCUGUUGCCAUGGUGACUGUACUGUACUCAGAGGACCCAAAUGUCACUUAAUUCCGAGGUUUAAAACUCAAAUGUUGAUGUUUUGAGGGGCUACUGCUUGGGCAAAUGCAAAAGAAAGUUAAUUUAUGUUACGUUAUCUCAACAUUUUUAUCUUUAGAAUUAAAUUCAGACAACCAGAUGAAAGUAUGAUCAAGUAUAAGUAACACUUUAAAGCACUCCCUCUGUUCAUUAUUGUAUUAUCAUGGCAACCCCACACACAAGAUGGUGGAAAUUCAAUAUUAAAAAGUAGAAAGUGUAGUUUUCAUGCUGCCGUGUUUUCAGUAUUGUGCAAAUUUCUUCAAAUCACAUAAUUGUCGUUUUGUAUAGAAACCUUCGUGAAGAAUAGAAAAUGUUUGUUUGGUGUACAGCGCCCUCUAUUGCCACACAGUAUAAACUGGAAGAGUUGAAAAUGACAUUUUCUUAACCACAAAGGGAACCUGCAUCCUGUGGGCCAUGGACGGCCCACGAGAGGAUGUAAUCCGGUCCGCCAUGCAGUUCCACAAACAAAUAUAUUUGAUUGCCUCAUAUUUUCUCAUACAAAUAAUGUGGCUCCCUGAGGACUUUUGCAUGACUGAAAUGGCCCUUGUUAAAACGGUUCACUACCCGUGGACUAAAACCUGUGAUGCGCCACCAAAGAAUUUUAGGUCAAUUCGUUAUUAAUAGUUGUUGCUUUUAUGAACUGUUCUCUGCUCAGCCAGUUGGAAUCCAACUGUACAUAUCUGAGUUACCAUGGCAACACAGUCUGCAAGUCUUUUUGAACCAGAACCAUUUAACUCAAUGCCUUUUAUUUAAAAAGACAACACAAUACCAUUGAUUGGAUGAUUGAAUGUUUACAUCUUGAGCACACCGUGCCAAAGUUUCUUCCUGUUUUUUCUUUUCUUUUUUUUUUCUGCAUGAUGAAUGAGAACGUGUUAUGACAGGAUGUGUUUUCCACAGGGUAUAAACCUCUCAACUUCCUAAUUAAUGUCUUAAUACUUGUAACAAGAACAUCCAAAGCAUGCGUCACAGUUUCAAAAUGACGCGGGAUUAAAUGCAAUUCUGUGGAAAAGAGAAAGGAGGUGUAACAAUCCAGUUUGAUUCAAUUGUCAUUUUUAUUUGCUUAAUGAUUGCUAAUCCUAAUUAUUCGAUUAGCAUCCGUUUUAACUGACCAAUCUUUAGUUAUUAAAAUAUGAGAUGGUCAGGAAGUGUGUCCCAUGCUUGAAUUCUCAACAAUCGAUAAUAACUAAAAAUUAAAGGACAUGAACUUGA